GAAAGAGGAAUAACUAUACUGGCAUAAGUCACCACUACAGCCAUGUCCAUGGUAGGGCUUUGACUGGUAUAUUGGGUGAGUGCUGCCAUGUGUCAGUGACAACUGUCAACUCCUCUCCCCUUCCUCCGCCUCCUCCUCUCUCUGAGACAGGAAUGUUGAUCUCUCAUCUCUGUAAUCCAUCACCUGUCUGAAUCUGUCCUUGUGUCACUUGCAUAUAUGGACAAGUUAGAAUGGCAACUCGUGACGUUGUGCUGCUAAAAACGGCUCCCGCUCCCUUCAAUUCUUUGUUUUAACAAUGUCCUCCAGUGAAAGAAAUUCAAAGGACAUUUGAUCACACAAGACGUGGAAUUAUUUCAAGGAAAUUAACCUGGAAACUGAUUGACAGUACCCUUUUAUUCUGGACAUAUGCACCUUGGAACAGCUAGGAGAUGAGCACUUCUCUGAAUUACAAGUCCUUUUCCAAAGAGCAGCAAACCAUGGAUAACCUGGAGAAACAACUUAUUUGCCCCAUCUGCUUAGAGAUGUUUACUAAACCUGUGGUCAUCCUUCCCUGUCAGCAUAACCUGUGCAGAAAAUGUGCCAGCGAUAUUUUCCAGGCCUCUAACCCAUAUCUGCCAACCAGAGGAGGCACCACUAUGGCAUCAGGUGGUCGAUUUCGCUGUCCCUCCUGCAGACAUGAAGUGGUUCUGGACAGACAUGGUGUGUAUGGACUUCAAAGGAACCUAUUAGUGGAAAAUAUCAUUGACAUAUACAAGCAAGAGUCCACCAGACCUGAAAGAAAAUCUGAGCAGCCAAUGUGUGAAGAGCAUGAGGAUGAGAAAAUUAAUAUCUAUUGUUUAAACUGUGAAAUACCCACAUGUUCAAUGUGCAAAGUUUUUGGUGCCCAUAAAGACUGCCAGGUUGCUCCUCUCAAAAACGUUUACCAGCGACAAAAGUCUGAACUCAGUGAUGGCAUUGCAGUGCUCGUGGGCAGUAAUGACAGAGUGCAAGGAAUAGUAGGUCAGCUGGAGGAGACCUGCAGGACAGUAGAGGAAUGCUGCAGAAGACAAAAAGAGCAACUGUGUGAAAAAUUUGAUUAUCUGUAUGCAAUACUGGAAGAAAGGAAAAAUGAGAUGACACAAAUAAUCACUAGAAACCAAGAGGAGAAACUGGAACAUGUCCGCUCCCUGAUGAAAAAGUAUGCAGAUCACUUGGAGACAGUGUCUAAGCUAGUUGAAUCAGGAAUCCAGUUCAUGGAAGAGCCAGAAAUGGCAGUGUUUUUGCAGAAUGUCAAAGCAUUGCUACGAAAAAUUACUGAAGCAUCUAACGCAUUUCAGAUGGAAAAAAUAGAGCCUGGCUAUGAAAAUAUGAGCCAUCUCACAGUCAACCUCAAUAGAGAAGAAAAGAUAAUAAGAGAAAUUGACUUUUACAGAGAGGAGGAGGGUGAUGAGGAAGAUGAGGAGGUGAUGGAAGGUGAAGAGUUUGAUGAAGUCCGCACAGAGUCAGGUGAGGAGGAAGAGGUAGCUGAGAAAGUAUCCCAGCAAUCUCAGCUGGACUCAGAACCCAAGAGCACAACAGGAGGCCCUCAGACUGAAUCAGCCCCAUCAUUACCACCAGCUGCCUCAGUUAGUCAGGGUGAGGUUGUGCCAAGUGGUGCUCGACAGACUGCAGAGUCUGAAACACAAAUGCCAUCAACAGCAGAAACCAUCGAUCCUUUGUUUUACCCUAGUUGGUAUAAGGCCAAAUCACAGCAAGCAAGCAGCCCAAGUUUGACCCAAGUGAGUGAUGGGUUGGGCCAAGGGCCACCCGUUUCUCUGGAAAUGAAGGUAAAGAAGGCAGAAACUACAGAAGCAGCAAAAAGCAAUGAGGUGUCACCUGGGAAUGGUAAGGAAACUAGCACAACUGCAGCUACUUCCCAGAACUGUUACAAAGAAUUAGGGCCCCAUCCUGCACUCCACAUUCAUACUGGGUCUGAACUAUCCCGUCAAGGACAAGUGGAAGACGUUCCAGGGAGCAAUGAAAGAACUGAUGAGCCGGCUCGUCAUGUCUUCUCUUUCUCCUGGUUAAACUCAUUGAAUGAAUGAUGACUAUCAUUCCGGCUGGCUUUGGAUGUACUUACCUAAGAGGAGCCAUGAGGCAGCAAGUGACCUGGCUGGAACCAACAAGAAAUAGUCCAUAUAAGGGACAUCUUGAUCAGGUUUAAUUCCAAGGACGUUAUUUGAAUUCCAUUAUACUGUAUCUGAUACUUUUAGAUUAGAGUGAUGUUUGGAAAUAGAUGAAUAAAGGGAGUGGGAAAACUGGACAAAUAGAUGUCUUGAUGAAAUACUAUACUAAGUUUGACUGUGUCCAAGUAAAACCUGUUUCAGAAAGGAGAAUGUUGAACAGAAGCUUCAUGCUAUAAUUACAGUUGCAAAAUUAGUGAGCACUAUGAUUGUCUGUAGCCAGCCUGAGUAUCCUGCUGUAUUUUUGUAAGUGCUUACCCAACACUGUUAGUUGAAAUAUGACUAAUAGCAUCAUUUGUCAAUGAAAAUAUGACCCCCUCACUACUCUUAAUUACUCCAGUUGGAGUAACUCCAUCCUUUCAACUUAUUGCUAAUGCUUGUGGUAAAUCCUUGAUGAAAGCCACAAAAUUCAAAGGUAAGUCUAAAAUUCCACUCAAUACAACCACUGUGCUGAAUGACUCCGGCACAAGUGGUGCUACUGCAUGCUGAUGUGCAAUAACUGAGCAUAAAUGAGGAUGGCAAGAGGAGCAUUUCACCUUUAGAUUUGUGUUUUCCAGCUGUGGUUGAUAGGUCACAAUGAAUAACACUCAGACCACUCAGAAGUGUUAUUUGGUGUUAUAUUUUAUAUACCUGUAGACAAUAAAGAUAUAGGUAUAGGAAGCACUUGAUUGGAACCCUUCCUGAAUUAUGUGGAAUACUAAUCUAUAUGUGGUUCAUUAUCUGUACUUCCCCAAAAGGCAAAGAGAGGGUUCUGAAUGAGUGUCAGCUUGUGCCUGUCUAUGUCCGUAUCUGUUAUACCUAUAGCUUCUCAACUUCCUUUAAUACAUGAAAUCAACACUCUCACUUUUAUCAUAAUGAGCAAUUUGAUAGGAAAAGGGCAAGACCUCAGAAACCAGGAAAGACCAUUCUGAGCUGAACGGUGAUGAGUUUAUUGCAAGUAUCUCUUAAAGAUUGUAUUUGAAAGAUUAUAAACCUAUGGAAAAGGCUACCACAGUGCAGAGAGACGCAUACUACAGAUAUUUAACUAAUGAAACUGAUUACAUAAACUGACAUGCCUUUUCUAAUAGUGAGCAGAUUGACAUUGCAUUUGAUUCUGAAGGUGAAAUUCUGGGAGUUUUCCCACUGACUUCCUUGGGGUCAGGAUUUCACCCUAACACUCUAAGGACAUUUUAAUAAAUGAUUACAGAACUGAAUACUGUAUUUCCUAAUGGGUGCUGCCUGUCAUCAUCUCUGAAAGAGUUCAAUUGUCUUUGAGAGUGAUCAAUAUCUUACAAGGUCAGGGUCUGAGAGCUGGAUCCAAAGCCCACUGAAGUCAAGGGGAAUCUUUCCCCUGACUUCAGUGGGCUUUGAAUCAGGCCCUGAAUACACAGCUCUUCUUAUAGCACCAUGACUGACCAUGAAGACAUGGUACCACAGUCAAUAGCAUGAAAUGGUUGAUUAAUACAUGCUAGAAGGCAGUAUAGUUUAAUGUGAGAGCCAAGUAAUUCUUGAAUACAAAGCCCAAUACUGACAACAGUUUGCAGUGUAGCCUUUGGAAAGCCGUUUGCCAUCUAUGUUGUUUCUAUUUUUCUUCCUGUAAAAUGGGACUAUGAAGGAUGGGUUUGAGGAUCAGUUAGUUAAUGUUUGUGAAGAGCUUUGAAAUAACAAAGCCUAUGUUAAGAGUUAUAUCUUCACUGAACAGCA